AUGUUUAUCCCGACGUCCAAUUUAGAACCUUAUUUAGAAACCUGGGCGAAUGUAAAAGAUGACAAUACUUACUACAAUUGGGUCACGUAUAAUGACGAAUACCGACAUUCUCUUUCAAACUCUGAUUUGGAUAUAAGUGAUAAAAAGUUGACAAAUGCCAUUUACAGAAGUUUCAUUGACAACCAAAUAUCACAAGAAAUCAUUACAAUUUUCCCAAACAGAUUUAUAAUUUUAACUGAUAACGGCACAAGAGUAUUUUCAUUUAAAUUUGUAAAUAAUAUACAUGUUGUAUCUAAAAUUUGUGAUAAGUUUCAACUACAAUACCAAUCGACGAGAAUAGAAGGAUUGAUUUGCAAAAUCAAAUAUAUGGCUGGCGUAAGGUAUAAGGUUAAUUGUGGCAAAGUCGGAUUAGAAUUUAUGCCUAUUAACGAAUUAGGUGAACUUGAAGCUGAAAUACAAUGUAUAACCUAA